AUGGAUGAAGAUGCCAACCUCACUGCAACCUUGGAGGAGGGAAUCCUUACAGUCAAGGUGCCUGUCAAGAAGGAGAAGGAUGAAGCAAAAGGUGGCAACAAAGCAGCAACCACCAGUCAUGAGGUGAUGGUGUCAAAGCAGCCCCCUCCUUCUUUGGACAAUGAUGUGGAGUUGAAUUUGGAAGUAGACGUGCCUGGCAUCAGGCCCAAUGAUUUGAAUGUUGUCUGUGAUAAGAAGAAUGGCAUUCUUCACGUUGCUGGAGAAAGUCACCAGGCCAGAGGACCAAGCAGGAAGACAAAGACUUCAUACCGAUUGAACGCUCGCACUGUGGAUCUGACCAAAUUGGAAGCCUAUUUGACUGGUGGUGUUUUGACAAUUCGUGCCCUCCGAAAGGCUCAUCCAAUCAAGAUUGUGGUGGUGAAUGGUCAUUUCCCUGCAAUUGCUUCUGAUGACGCCCUGCAGCGAAAGGAAAAAGGUACCGAGAUUGUCGAACAACAGGCGCCACCAAAGGACGAGUAA